GGUUUUCUUCAAACCCUUCUCGAGCCCUAGUGAGCGCCAACCUCCUCGCCGCCACCGCCUUGCAGAGCCCUCCCGAAUGCCCACCUCUUCCCUACUCUCCUAGCCGUCACCCCCCGUUGGUCUCCGUCGUCGCCUUCCUCCCCAUCAUUACGGCGUCGGCCAUCCCCUCUCCAAUCUUCCUCAGGUGCGUUCUUUCCCACGGAUUUCUUUAACACUGACCUCCUCUCUGCUCGCCUCGCCACCACCUCCCACCGGUCUCCGCCGUCAUCUGCCUCCGCUUCCCACAUCUCCGAAAAAGAAAAAGAAAUCAAAAGUGUGGGAUUGUGUGAACUCGAUUGAGGCUUCUGAGGAGGGAAAGAACAGGGGAAAAAGUGAAAGGUCACUAUGGCGGGCAAGAAGAGAAAGGAACAGCAGCAACAAACCCUACGUCACCGGGAGGCUCUCGAUGCCGACGAUUUUGUUGUCUCCAAGAAGCGUGCUCGCCCUCCGAAAGACCGCCAACACCAGCGAGAAGACAAGUUGAUCUCUUCUGAUCUUAGCUCCAAGAUCCUAAAGGAAGCCCUCCAACAGCAAAAGGAAAUCCUUCAAGAAGACGAAGAGCGGAACCCCACUCCCUUCUCCGCCGUCUCCGGCGACCCCUCCGCCGCGUUCGACAGCGACACGGAAGACGUUGAUGGCUUCGAUGGGUUCUCCGAGACACAGAGCCAGUAUGAUGUCGGCGAGGUCGAAAUCGAUGAGGAGGAUGAGAAGGUUUUGGCGGCGUUCAUGUCCAGUAGUGCUGGUCCCCAGCCAACACUGGCGGAUCUCAUCAUUCAGAAGAUCAAAGAAAAGGAUGCCACGGUUACCGAAGCACGACCCCUUCCUAAACUGGACAGUGGUGUCAUAGACCUAUACAGGGGGGUUGGCAAGCUGUUAAGUAGGUAUACGAGUGGGAAAAUUCCUAAGGCAUUUAAACACAUUCCAGCACUAGAAUUUUGGGAAGAUAUAUUAUAUUUAACAGAGCCAGAACAUUGGUCUCCAAAUGCAAUGUAUCAAGCAACAAGAUUAUUUGCUUCAAAUUUGAGUGUGAAGAAAGUCCAGCAUUUCUACAAUCUUGUUCUACUCCCACGUGUGAGGGAGGACAUCAAAAAGAAUAAAAGACUGCAUUUUGCUCUAUAUCAGUCACUGAAAAAGUCCCUCUAUAAGCCAGCUGCCUUCUUCAAGGGAAUUCUAUUACCAUUAUGUCAGUCAGGGACAUGCAAUCUUCGAGAAGCAGUUAUAAUUGGAAGCAUCAUUCAAAAAGUUUCUAUUCCUCCUCUUCAUUCUAGUGCGGCUUUGAUGAAGCUGGCAGAGAUGGAAUAUUGUGGCACGACCAGUUAUUUCAUCAAGCUAUUUUUAGACAAGAAAUAUGCCUUGCCAUACCGAGUGCUUGAUGCUGUUGUUGCACAUUUUAUGAGGUUCCUUGAGGAUGAAAGAAUCAUGCCCGUAAUAUGGCACCAAUCACUUCUUGCAUUUGUGCAAAGGUACAAGAAUGAAUUGGAGAAGAAGGACAAGGAUAAUCUUGUUUGUCUAAUUCAAUACCAGAAACAUCAUUUGGUUACUCCUGAAAUCCGUAGAGAGCUUAAAAAUAGCCGAAGUCGCGGUGAAAAGGAGGACGAUGCCAUGUCAAUAUCUUCUGUUUCCAUUAUCAAUAAACCAAUUGAGGAAGAUAGGUGGAAUUUCCCAGAAGUUCCUAUGGAGGAGGAUUAAAUGGUUAGAUGGUACGUGUCCAAUAUUUUGAGCUCAUUUGGACUGCUGCAAAGGGAAAUAGUUUGAUAACUUGCACUUGGCCGUUGAUGGUGAUUCUGUUUGUGGACUUACAAAUACAGGCAUAUGCAAGUUAAAGCCAAUUUUCAUGGGAUCCAUGCUGUGACCGGCCAUUCUUUUUUUUUUCUUAAAUGUAAUGAUGUUCAUGUUGUUGCGCUCUCCCAUCAUAAAUUAAUGCUUGUUUUUAUUUAUUUAUAAUGAAGGGCUUAUUGAGAAUGAAAUUGCUGAGGAGUUUACCCGGACCCUUAAUUUAGGCGUGCGUUCAUUUGUGAGAUUAGUGAUGCCACAUGUAAUUAUAAAGCUAAUUCUAUACUCAAUUUCCAUUA